UUCUUCAUUCGAGCCAUUCCACACGUUUUUCAAUUUCUUUCAUUGAAAACCCUUGAAAUGGUGGCCUCAUUUGAGUUCGUAGUCACAAGGAAAAACCAUGAACUCAUCCCUCCUGUGUCCGAAACUCCAAACGGUCAUUACUAUCUCUCAAAUCUCGAUCAAAACAUCGCCAUCAUCGUGAAAACAUUAUAUUACUACAAAUCGGAGUCAAGAACGAACCAAGAAUCCUACAAUGUGAUCAAGAAAUCUCUCUCUGAGGUUCUUGUUCAUUACUACCCUGUCGCCGGAAGGCUGACGAUCAGUCCGGAAGGAAAGAUCGCCGUGAAUUGCACUGGAGAAGGAGUAGUGGUUGUGGAAGCUGAGGCUAACUGUGGGAUAGAGACGAUCAAAGAGGCCAUCUCUGAGAAUAGAAUGGAGACGCUGGAGAAACUUGUUUACGACGUUCCAGGUGCCCGGAAUAUUCUUGAGAUUCCGCCGGUAGUAGUUCAGGUGACAAAUUUCAAAUGUGGGGGUUUUGUCCUAGGACUAGGCAUGAGCCACAACAUGUUCGAUGGAGUCGCCGCUGCGGAGUUCCUCAACUCAUGGUGCGAGAUGGCUAAGGGCCUUCCUUUAUCCGUCCCACCUUUCUUGGACCGUACAAUUCUCCGGCCACGAAACCCUCCCAAAAUCGAGUUUCCACACAAUGAGUUCGACGAAAUUGAAGACAUCUCCGACAUCGGAAAACUCUACGAUGAAGAAAAACUCGUCUACAAAUCAUUCCUCUUUGAACCCGAAAAGCUUGAGAAGCUCAAGAUCAUGGCAGUUGAAGAAAAUAAUAAUAGUAAGGUAUCAACAUUUCAAGCCUUAACCGGGUUUCUUUGGAAAUCAAGAUGCGAGGCUCUACGGUAUAAACCAGACCAACGGGUUAAGCUUCUGUUUGCAGCUGAUGGACGGUCAAGAUUCAUCCCACGUCUCCCGCAAGGAUAUUGCGGGAACGGGAUUGUGUUAACCGGUUUGGUGACAUCAUCAGGAGAAUUAGUUGGGAACCCUCUUGCUCACUCAGUGGGUUUGGUCAAGAGACUAGUCGAGUUGGUUACAGACGGUUUCAUGAGGUCUGCUAUGGACUACAUCGAAGUAAACCGGACCCGGCCGAGUAUGAACGCAACACUUUUGAUUACAUCCUGGUCAAAAUUGACAUUGCAUAAACUGGAUUUCGGUUGGGGAGAACCGAUUUUCUCUGGACCGGUUGGUUUACCAGGGAGGGAAGUGAUCUUGUUCUUACCAAGUGGAAACGACAUGAAGAGUAUCAAUGUGUUUCUUGGGCUUCCUACUUCAGCUAUGGAAGUGUUUGAAGAGCUUAUGAAGAUCUGAGAAAAAACAUACAUUUUCAAAAUCAGAUUAUGAUUUAUUUCAACCAAUUAAAAUCAAGGAAAAUUA